AUGCAAACAAAUGUCUCUGAACGUUUUUCCGUCUUACCUCGUUAUCCUACAGUCAAUCAAUUCAAUGAAUUAGAUUUACUUUGGUGUAAUGUGCCAAUACAUCAUUUGAAUAGCGAGCAAUUUGUGCGUCGCUGUACAGAAGGAUAUCAUCAACCAUCAAGUAAACGACCCAUUAAUGAUUAUCAACGGCGAAUCUUUUCAUUAAGUCGUUUAUGGAAUAUACAUGAAGAUGUUUUACAUUUUAAUGAUCAGCAAAUGUGUUUAUUAAUAGAAAAAUUUGUCCACUUUCGAAGACAACAUUUUUCAACUACUACCUACCAUCUUGAAGAGUCGAUUCAAGAAGAUGAAAAAUCGAUUGCUUUAGAGUUCUAUCUUCAAUUCGAUGUUUUUUUAUUCUAUAUGAAAACAUGUACCUAUCGAGGUGCGCCGCCAUCAUUACCAUCACUACGAGGUGACGUACACAAAAAUAUUUUUUCUAUUGAAGAACCACAGAUCAUGUUUGCCAUGAGGCCUUGUCUGGAAGUUUCUUGUUGUUUAUGUUUUCCCAAUUAUAAAUUAACUUAUCGUCAAAAACAACCAAUCGUACAUUUUAAUCAUUAUGAAGCACAUACAUUUAUCAAUGGUUAUCGGUCGAUUCUGAAUUGUCCAGUCACAUGUACAACACGAAAUCUAAUUUAUGUUUUAACAUGUCCAUGUCAUCAAGUGGAUUAUAUUGGUGAAACAAGUUUAUCACUACCAGAUCGUCUCUUAUGUAAAUAUAUACUAAAAAAAAAGAUAUACAUAGCAAAUAGUACUAAUUAUGAAUUUUCGAC